CCUGGCCGGAGUGCGCAGGAUGAAGCUUGCCCGGGCUGUUGGCCUUGUGCCGCUUGACAGGCUGGCGGCCUCCAGGGGGCCCAGGAGAAGGUACUGGGUCUCCACCCAGGCCGCUGGAACCAGCCCCAAGCUCUUACUCUCCAGACCUUGCAGCAUUGCCACCAGAAGGAUCAUGCGGCCAGAUGACGCUAACGUGGCGGGUAAUGUCCACGGUGGAACCAUCCUGAAGAUGAUCGAGGAGGCUGGGGCCAUCAUCAGUACCCGGCACUGCAACAGCCAGAAUGGGGAGCGCUGUGUGGCCGCCCUGGCCCGGGUGGAACGGACCGACUUCCUGUCGCCCAUGUGCAUCGGGGAGGUGGCGCAUGUCAGCGCCGAGAUCACCUACACCUCCAGGCACUCUGUGGAAGUCCAGGUCAACGUGAUGUCCGAAAACAUCCUCACAGGAACCAAAAAGCUGACCAAUAAGGCCACCCUGUGGUACGUGCCCCUGUCCCUGAAGAACGUGGACAAGGUCCUCGAAGUGCCUCCUGUCGUGUAUUCCCGGCAGGAGCAGGAAGAGGAGGGCCGGAAGCGGUACGAAGCUCAGAAACUGGAACGCAUGGAGACCAAGUGGAGGAACGGGGACAUCGUACAGCCCAUCUUGAACCCCGAGCCCAACACCGUGAGCUACAGCCAGUCAAGCCUGAUCCACCUGGUGGGGCCCUCGGACUGCACCCUGCAUGGCUUCGUGCAUGGAGGGGUCACCAUGAAGCUCAUGGAUGAGGUGGCCGGAAUCGUGGCUGCACGCCAUUGCAAGACCAACAUAGUCACAGCUUCUGUGGACGCCAUUAAUUUUCACAACAAGAUCCGUAAAGGUUGUGUCAUUACCAUCUCUGGCCGUAUGACCUUCACGAGCAACAAGUCCAUGGAGAUCGAGGUGCUGGUGGACGCCGACCCUGUGGUGGAUAACUCGCAGAAGCGCUACCGGGCCGCCAGCGCCUUCUUCACCUACGUGUCGCUGAGCCAGGAGGGAAAGCCCCUCCCUGUGCCGCAGCUGGUGCCGGAGACUGAGGACGAGAAGAAGCGCUUCGAGGAAGGCAAAGGGCGAUACUUGCAGAUGAAGGCGAAGCGGCAGGGCCAGGUGGAGCCUCAGCCCUAGAAGCCCCCCUCACGCCUGGGGCCCCGAACAGCCGUGGUGACAGCCCUGUGUCCGUCACUUAGUCACCCCUGGCCAGACCCCACUGCCCACUGAGAGCCGGUGUUGUGUGAAGUAUCCAUGUGACAGUGCUAACCUACGCCCUGUCCCGAACACCUGUGCACCAAAGCUUUAUUUUGUCCUUCCUGUGUAAAUGCUCCACAGUAUUGUCCCAGACGCCAGAGGCGCCCUGGGGACACCCAUGUCAGGUGUGUCACGAAUCCAGCAUCACUAAUAAAGCUGUUUAG